CGGCUCCAUCGGCCACCUGAGCGCUGCACACACUUGGCACGGACAGCCCUCCGCCAUGGCUCUGCCCCUACUGCUGAGACACCCUUCCAGGAAAAAUCUAGGAAGAGAGAAAUUCCACAAAGCCCACCACUUUGACUACUCUGGAGGUGUUCCCAUGGUGGCUCCGCAGAAGGCCCAUACCCAGCCAUGGUACCCUGUGUUCCCCCAAGCAAAGGACAGUCACUACCCCCCAUGGCUGGCCUUUGACAAACAGGUGCUCUGCUUCGAUGCCCACUUCCAGGAGACUGUGACCGAGAAGCGGGAGGAGACGUACAGGAUCAGGAAGUGUAAGAUCUACUUCUACUUGGAGGAUGACACCAUACAGGUUGUGGAGCCCGAAUACAAGAACAGUGGGAUACCACAAGGAACCCUGAUCCAUCGCCACCGCAUCCCCCUCCCAUCCCCCGAUGAUGACCAGUUUUACACCGUGUACCAUUUCAACCUGAACCAGGACGUGGUGCUGUAUUCCCGUACCUUCAGAAUCGCAGACUGCGAUCCCUUCACACGCACCUUCCUACAGAAGCUGGGCGUGCGGCUGAACCCACCUGACUCUGUCCCAGAGGACCCGUACAGCAAGCUGCGCAAACAGAUGGAGGACAGCAUGAAGCCCCUGCGGCCGUACGAGAGGUGGGACACGCUGAAGCAGUUCCUGGAGCACGACCGCAACGUGCUGCGCUUCUUCUGCCUGUGGGACGACUCGGAGAACAUGUCCGGGGACCCCCGUGAGCUUGUUCUGCACUAUUUCCUGGCCGACGAUACCAUCGAAAUCCGGGAGGUUGUCCACCCCAACUCAGGCCGUGAUGCCGUGCCCAAGUUCCUACACAGAAGCAAGUUGCCUAAGCACGCUCCUGCCGUGAGGUAUCAGCCUGGGGAGGCGACGGACCGAACGGUGCUCAACGUCUUCGGGCCGGUGGGCCGCGGUGGGCGCUAUAUCCUGGACUGCCAGAAAACGGGCGCCGUGCAGCAGGACUUCUACAAGGACAGCGACCUGAUGCUGGGAGCCGUCAUCAACGUCUGGGGCCGGAAGGUGCUGCUCUGCGACUGCGAUGACUUCACCAAGCGGUUCUACCGCACCAAGUACGGCGUAGAGGACUUCACACCCGUGCCCCGCCGGCCCCCCCCGGCCCCCGAGCCGCCCAGGCCGGUGCCCCCCUACAAUGGCUUUGGCUCCGAGGAAGACUCCCUUUGCUCCUGUGAGGGACUGCUGCCCAAACCCCCGCGCAGGGACUUCGGGAAGUUCAUGGCGAAAGACAGGCAGGGCCUGCUGAGCCAUGUGCUGCGCUUUGUGGGCAGAAUGGUGAGCGAUGACCCGGUCAACAAGGAGAGGCGCUUCAUCAUCUCCUUCUAUCUCAGCGACGACACCAUCUCUGUGUUUGAACCGGCCCAAAGAAAUUUAGGGGUGCUCGGCGGCAAGUUCCUGGAGAGGUGCCGGGUGAGAAAGCCGGGCCAGGAUGUGUUCAAGAGCGAGCCGUCGCAGUACUUCCAGGCCUGGGACCUGUACGUGGGGGCCCGCGUGUGUCUGCACCAACAUGAAUUUGAGCUGCUCCACGCUGAUGAGUACACCUUGAGCUACAUGGAGAGGCAUGCGGAGGAGUUUCCGCAGGCCGACAUCGCUGCCGUUCUGAGCAAGCUGAAGUCCAUGAGCGAGGACGGGAGGAAGGAGAUGAAGCGGUUCUUCUCCACCUGUGACCCUGGGAACAUGGGAGUCCUUCCGCUGGAGUCCCUCAGGACCCUGCUGGAUGGGAUAAACUACCGGUUGUCAGGCCACGAGAUCCUGACCCUGGGCCGCAACUACGCCGUCCGCGACCCCCCCGAGGACGACCUGGCUUCCCUUCUGGCCGCGGCCCAGGACCACCUGAGCAGGAAACACUUUGAGAACUUCCCGGAGAUGAGCGGGGCCUUUGCUCACGAGGACCGCGACAGAAGCGGGCGGCUGAACAGCAAAGUGGUGAGGACUGUGUGCAAAGCCUUCAAGCUGCCUCUGCCGGAUGAGCUGCUAUUGACCAUCCUCAACAGGUUCAAGACAGAGACCGAUGAGAUGGACUACCAUGCCUUCCUGUCUGGCAUCAACUGGAGGGAGAAUCCAGCUCCUCUGGUUCCACCUGACAACACGGUGCAAGUGCACACAGUCUGGACUGGUGAAGCUACAGGCCCACCAAUACAGCUUAUUAACUUCUCCACCUUAAUGGAAGAUCUCUUCGGAAAGCAGGAAUAAAGAACAUUAGUGGCAAGUGUCCCCUGGAACUCGAAACAAACGCCCCUUCCCACCAACAA